CCCCUGUCGGGGGCAGAUUCCAGACUGGUGACGUGGUUCGGUCGGUGGUUGUUCACAGCAGCAGGAUGGCCGACCAGAGUAGGCAAAUAAAACUCGCUGCAGCUAAGAAAAAGCUAAAGGAGUUUCAGCAGAAAGGCUCUCCUGCCAGCGCUGGGGGAGAAAAAGGAGCGGUUGUUGCAGGGGCAAAGAAGAAAAGAAAAGUUAAAGGAAAUCAGCUUGAUCUAUCCUCUGAAGAAAGAAGCUAUCCUGAUGAUGUUAAUUUUGAUAAUAUAUUAAAAUCUCUCAGUCAAAGCAAUGGACUAGUACUCCCUCCAUUUGAACACAGCCAGACCUUUUCUGAUGCGGAGCCGUUGGUGCCCUCAGUUCUUCCUAUGCACAAGGACUCAAGUCUGGAGUCGGCCCAGAGCUCAGCAGUGUCUAACUCCGCUAACACUAAUAAUACUAACAAUGAGUUUGUCAGUAACAGCAGUGAACUGCAGGCAUAUACAGAUGCAAAUAGUAAUGGAGGUUUAACAGAAGAAUUGCAACCCUUGUCUUCUACUGAGAGUUUGCGCCAGCUUUCACAGCAGCUCAAUGGCCUGGUAUCUGAGGCAUCCACUACAUAUGUGAAUGGGGAUGUUAUGCUUUCUGUUGGCGAAAGAGAACUGGAGAAUCGCAAUCAGGAGCUGGCAGCUGCUUUGGAGUCCAGCAACACCACAAAUUCUGAGCUCAAUACCAAAGUCAACCAGCUGACGCAGCAGUCCCAAGACCUUUCUGAUCAGUUACAAAAGGAGCGCAAAGAAUUUGAACAAAAGUUUGCAAAAGAACAGUCAGCCAUGCGAGAGCAGUUACAGGUUCAUAUCCAGACUAUUGGUAUAUUAGUAUCAGAAAAGUCAGAGCUGCAGACUGCCCUGCAGUAUACUCAACAAGCUGCACGGCAAAAAUCGGCUGAGGCAGAAGAAUUAAACAAUAGACUACAAUCAACAAAGCAGAGAGUAGCCGAGCUGGAGAGGACACUUUCCACUGUUUCAUCGCAACAGAAAAUCUUGGAGAAGCAUAACAAAGAGCUUGAAAAGGAGAGGGACAACCUGAGAUUAGAAGUGUUAAGAAUCAACAAUGCAAGUGAAGAAUCAAAGCAACAAAGCUCAGAGAUGUCUGAACAAAUUAAACUCAUAACCCAGGAAAAUGCAUCUAUGAAACUGGAGCUGGAGGAUCUUCACAAGAGGCUUGAGCUUGCAGACCUGAUGUUGCAACAAUGCUCUUCUCAGUCUGAUCCAACCAGCGCUAAUCAGCAGCUUCAGAUAAUAUUGGAAGAAAAACAGCAACUAGAAUCUCAGAGCCACCAGCUGAUGGAGUCUAUUGCGCAACUAAAAGCAGAAAGAGACCGCUAUGUAGAGCAAAUCCAAGAAGAGGGCCGUGUAUGGAAGGACAAAACGGAACAGCUUCUCACCCAGGUUGCCUUAGUGGCUGAGGAGAGAGACUUGAAUAUUAGCCGAGUUCAAGAACUGGAGGCAAGCGUAAAAGAGCUAAAAGAGUCUAUAGCAUCAUUUUCCCAAGAAAAGGAGACCCCAAAUGAAGCAGACGUACAGUUCUCUGGCCCAUCAGAGAAUGAAGUAGCUCUUCAGGAGGCUCUCAACAACAUACAGCAACAAAAUGAAGCCUUAAGUGCACAAUACCAGGCACAGUUGCGGGACAAUGAGCAGCUGAGUCGCCUGUGUGCAGAGCAGGAGGCGCGUCUGGGAGAGCUGGAGCGGCAGGUGGAGAGUCAGACUCAGGAGGCAGAGGACCGCCGGCGCAUGCUAGAGGAUGUUCAGUCUGACAAGGCCACCAUUAGCCGUGCACUCACCCAAAACCGCACUCUCAAAGACCAGCUGGCAGAGCUGCAAAAUGGUUUUGUCAAACUUACCAAUGAGAACAUGGAAUUGACUACAGCCAUCCAGUCAGAGCAACAUGUGAAAAAGGAGUUGGCUCGAAGAAUGGGUGAAAUACAGGAGGAACUGCACAAUGUGAAAGAGCAGUUAGAAGAAAAGGGUAAAGAGGUCCAAGGUCUGCUUGAGCAGAGGGAGCAGUUGGCUGCUCACCUGCAGCAGUAUGCUGCUGGGUACCAGACCCUGGCCUCAGAGCGAGAACAGCUUCACCGUCAGUAUCUGCAGCAGUGCCAGAUCAUGGACAGACUCCAACAUGAUGAGAGCCAAGGCCGCGUGCAGCUCGAACUCAGCCACAGUCAGCUCAAAGAAGCACAGGACCACCUGGAGAAACUGGUGAGGGACAAUGAACAGUUGAAAGCUGAAGUGACAGAACUGCUCAACAGCUCAGUGCUGGCCACUCCACCCAGAGUUCAAGGUGAUGGGAUUGAGAGUCAGGAACCAGAAGAAAGUCAACAAAUGUCUUCCUCAGUAGUUAUUCCAGAAGAUUUUGAAAGCCAGAAAGAGAUGGAGGACUUUAUUCGCAGGGCCUUGGCUCAGGUGGAGGCCGAGCGGGAUGAGGCCCGAAGGCGGCUGGAGGAGGAGCACAGACUGCACAUGGCGGCGCGGCAUCAGGCGUCUAUGGCCCUCAGCUUUGAACAUCACACUCACAAAGCUGACUCUCGGGAGGAACACAGCUACUGUCAACAUAGUCAUGACAACUCCGAAUAUGGUGUGCCAGUGGAGGUCCAUCAGGCUCUGCAAGCUGCAAUGGACAAACUUCAGCAGCGUUUCACUUCCCUGAUGCAAGAAAAGGCUGACCUGAAGGAGAGGGUGGAAGAGCUUGAGCACAGAUGCAUCCAGCUGUCAGGCGAGACCGAUACCAUUGGAGAGUAUAUCGCGUUGUAUCAGAGCCAACGUGCCAUCAUGAAGCAAAAGCACCAAGAAAAGGAGCAGUACAUUAGUAUGCUGGCCCAGGACAAGGAGGAGAUGAAGGCGAAGUUAGCAGAGCUACAGGAUCUGGUUAUGAGACUAGUAUCUGAAAGAAACGAGUGGUACAACCGUUACAACAGCACUGCUGCAGGCAAAGUAAACCCUGAUCUUCUCCCUCUUGGCCAAGACCACUUCCACUCAGAAGACCAUUCUCAAGCAGAGUUAAAUGCCAUCAGUGGAGAAGAAGCCAUGGAGGUCAUUCCUUUAUCAGAAUCAGCCACAGCUGUUGAUGGCCCUUUGACACAAACUGUUCCACCUGGGCCAUCGCAGACUGAACCCAAACCUUUAGUGCCAAAAGAAGACGGGACAGCACAGCAGAUUAUGCAGCUGCUCCAAGAGAUCCAGAAUCCCCAGGGAGUACCACGUGCACCCCCUUUCUUGGGUGAAAAUCCUUGCAUCCCAUUCUUUUACAGGCCUGAUGAACAAGAUGAAGUAAAGAUCCUUGUGGUGUGAGAUGUGUUUUAUGUGUCUGAUCUUGAACGUAACUUGAAAUUGGAGAGAUAUUACAGUACUGUUCACAAAAACAUAACUGCACAAAACUGUUCAGAGAUAUUUUUUUUUCUUUGAAAGAUAAGUGAAAUUAUUUCUCAAUUUUUUUUGGAGGGAGUAGUCUUUCUUUUUUUUUCUUUUUUUAAAAAUUAUUAUUAGAUUUCUCUACUACAUACUCCAUCAUUUAAAACACAAGUGCAAUAAAGGGCCUUAAUAGGGUCCUUCACAUAUGCAGCGCAUGGAAACUUGUCUGCUAACAACAAUUUUACUGUCCACAUGCAAAAAUGAGCAUUGUGUUUGAAUGUAUUGAAUGUACCAUUGUAGUAACUGUAUGUAGUGUAAUUAGGAAAUGCUGGCUAAUGUGAUUGCAUGAGUGGAUGAAAGUAGGCAGAGCUGGAAGUAUUUAUUAAGGUAUUACAGCUCAAAUUCAGGCAAUGGUUUCACAUUGGUGUGAUAUAUGGUAUGGAAACGGGUUGUUUAGAGCCAACAAUGAAGUCUCAUACUACUUACACAGAAGAGCUUUAUUUUGAUGGCAUGCUAGACCUGCUAGACCAUGAAGACGAGACUCCUAGACCUCAGCUAUAUUAUGAUAAGUCUUGUUGUGUCUACUGUUUGAGCAAUAUUUUAGUAUGAAUAUGAAAGUGGCAUAGGAAGUUGAAAGGAAGGACACAAAUGUUUAUUACAAAAUUUUUACAUCUUGUUCAGAAUCGUUUGGCUGGCUUAACCAGAAUCUAGUGUUAUAUUUUUCAUAUGAAAAUGGGUUUAGAGGUCUCUACACUAAGUUUGAUAUUUUAUGUUACAUUUUUCUCAUUGUUUAACAAAUGCAAUAGUAACCAUAUCGCUGCAAUAUGUGUGCAUUCCAUGAAAACCAAACAGUUUAUCUUUUUUGGCCAGAGCUGCAUCUGUAGAGAUUUAUCCCUACAAGAAUGAUUGCACUAAAACUGUACAAUCUCUUAGUCUCACAUCUCAAUUGUUGAGUUGAACAGUGGUUUAUUUAUUUGGUUCUCAGCCCAAUGGCACAGCUGUUUGAUAGAGAAUUAACAAAUCUUAUGAAGCCAGAGCAGUGGAAAUACUUUGUGCUGAGGGUUUGGCCUGAUCCAGAUUUAUUUAAACUGAAAUGUAAAUAUGAUUAUGGUUAUACACCAUUUAAUGCCGGACCAACCAUAAAAAAGAGUGAGAAUUGGUUGUUUACAAGCUCAUAUUGGGCUUAGUUUUAAGCAUGUAAACACUUAAAUGUGUUACAAUUGCAAUACCCCUUUGACCAUUUAACAUUUAUCUGGUAUUUUUAGAAAACAACCUCAGUAUAUUCAAAUAAUGAGGCAUUUGAAUACUCACUGUCAGAUAGCAGGCUUAUUGUCAUAUAUACAUACGAUAGAGGCUUUACAAUGAUUAAAUUAAUGUACACCUGUGAAAUGAAUAACUUGCACGCUUUAUAUUCAAAACAAAGUGUAAAAUGCGGCUGUGAAAAUAAAAGAAGCUAUACGCUGGAAAGUGGAUAUUGUCUUAGCACUUUGGCUCAAACAGGUGGUCACAUUUUAUAAGAUUUCUUAAAUGAUUUCUUUAUUCUGUCACUUUUUAUAUUAUUUUUCGGGGAGAGUGGAUAAGUUAAAUUUUUUUUUUUAAGUGAGAUGGGGCUUAUUAAUGAUUUACAUAUUUACUGUAGAUAGACAAAACCAAUGAGAGCAUUUAUUGUUCUACUGUAAAGCGCUGGUGUAUAUUGUGUAACAUAUUGUACAUUAAUAUUGCUUGGUGUGUGGGUACAGUAUGUCUGUUGAUGCAUAAUUGGGAGAAAGUGCUUACUGCUAUGAUUUAUCAAUGUAAUGAUUGACAAAAAUAGAGAAAUUAUUUAUUUGUUUUUCUUGAGACUAAUCAGUUUUAUGUUGAAAUAAUGAUUGGAUGAAAAUGAAGGAAUAAAUAUUGAGAGUAUGAUUGAAAUGUUUGUUUUGUUUUCUGCUCUUCCCCAGAAUAAAACUGAUUGAGCAACUGGAA